GCACUACAACAAUUCAAUUCAUCUCAAAUGGCACUUGAAGCUUUGAACUCACCGGCCACCACCACCACUGCGGCAGCGCCACCACCUUCUUUCCAUUACAACUUUCCCACCACCACCGUAAUUCAAGAUUCUUGGAACAAAGGCAAGCGUUCCAAGCGACCGAGAACCACCACCAGUGCCGACAGCGCUAGCGACGUCACUCAUCCCACGGAAUCACCUCACCCCACGGAGGAGGAGUAUUUGGCUUUCUGUCUCAUGUUACUCUCCCGUGGCACCACCGCCGCCACCACCGUCCAGUCUCCUCCACUGCCACCUCUUCAUCAAUCGGUGUCUCACAAGUGUAGCGUCUGCAACAAGGGGUUUUCUUCUUAUCAAGCACUUGGUGGACAUAAAGCUAGCCACCGGAAAAACGUCCCCGAUGACCACCCAUCUACCUCCGCCACCACCACCGCUAGCGCCUCCGCCUCUUCUGCUUUGAAACCCAGUGGUAGGUCCCACGAGUGCUCUAUCUGCCACAGAUCCUUCCCCACCGGCCAAGCUCUCGGCGGUCACAAAAGGCGUCACUACGACGGCAACAACCCCGGCAGCGGCGUCACAACCUCCGAGAAAACCACUUCCUCCACCCAUAGUCAACCGCGUAAUUUUGACUUAAACUUGCCGGCUUUCCCUGAAUUCCAAUUGGGUUUGAACGUUGACUGUGUGAAGAAAAGUCAACUGUCGUUCAAUGAACAGGAAGUCGAAAGUCCACAUCCGGCAAAGAAGCAGCGGGCGGCCAUCAUCGCCGGCGACGUGCCAAAUUACUAAAUUGGCCAUACAAUCAGCCACUUCCUUUUGCUUUUCAUUUAACAAUUCAUUUUUUAUCAAUUAGGGUGGAUUAAUGUAAAGAUAUUGUUGUUUUCAUACGAUUGAUUUUAUUCAUUAAUUAACUAAUGGAAAUGGGAUUUUAUUAUAUA